CAACAUCCGAACCCUCAAAUAUCGCCAACCACUAUUAACUCUCUCAAUCACCUCACUGAACACAUCCAAUGGCUCCGAUUGCUGUCGGUGAUGUGCUUCCUGACGGUACUCUCUCCUACUUCGACGCCGAGGAUAAGCUCCAGCAGGUGUCCGUACACUCCCUAGCUGCCGGUAAGAAGGUCGUCAUUUUUGGAGUUCCCGGUGCCUUUACCCCCACUUGCAGCUUGAAGCAUGUGCCUGGGUUCAUCGAGAAAGCAGAUGAGCUUAAAUCCAAGGGCGUUGAUGAAAUUAUUUGCAUCAGCGUGAAUGACCCCUUCGUGAUGAAGGCAUGGGCCAACACAUACCCUGACAAAAAAGAUGUCAAGUUUCUGGCUGAUGGUUCAGCAACAUACACGCAUGCCCUUGGUCUCGAGCUUGACCUUGGCGAGAAAGGGCUCGGCACUCGUUCAAGGAGGUUUGCGCUCCUGGUUGAGGACCUCAAGGUGAAGGCAGCGAAUGUCGAAUCCGGUGGGGAGUUUACCGUGUCCAGUGCUGAUGACAUCCUUAAAGCACUUUAGAUUUGCUUUGUGCACAAAGGUCUGUUUUCUUGGCCUUGGAAUACAUAGCUAUCUUCUCAAACUACUGGUUUCAGUCCUU